AUGAAAAUAAACUAGCAGUUGACAACCGCUAGUAUUAUAACAUUAGGCCCAUUGGCCACUGCCCAAAAUCAAAAACCCUGUAAAUGUAAUCAGAUUUGGUUGGUUCAUGAGAAUUGAUUUGAAUUUCCAGUUUCCUCCCAAUUUCUCCCCUUUCUCUAAUUCUCUCUGCACCGCCGUCGCCGUGGACUUGCUCAGUUGUUUGUGACCUGUUGUGCAGCCGACUGCCGCUAACUUCCUCCGCGAGAGUUUGUCUUUCUUGAAUCAUCUGCAAACUUCUCCUUGCGAUUCUUCUCAUUUCUUGAAUCAAUCACGUCAUCAGCUAACUUCACCACACAAGAAGGUGGAUCUUGAAUUUCAGAACCCUAUCAGUACUGUCCAAAGCGGCAUCAUUUGCAACAUCAUUAGAAGGCGAAUCUUGAAUGAUUGCUGUUUACAGGGUUUCUGUGUCCACCUUUGAAUCUUGUUCAUGACCAGAAAAGAAGCACUUCAACUUCUUUAGCAGUAAAACAAUGCCGUUCAGGGAAGGGAGAAAUUCUUGGGAUUAACCUGGAGAAGUAAUCAUUUUGAGGGUAUGGGCAGAAUCAGAAGUCUCAGCCAUGAGAGAAUAGCGUACUGAUUUCAAAGCUGAGAGAGAAAAGAGGAGAAUAGAAAGAGAGAUUUCACCGUUGAGGGGCUUAAUUGCUGAUGUGGCGGUGAGUUGGUACUUAAUUUACCAUUUGAAGUGAUUUAACUGGUCACAUCAUUUCUCCGGCAUCCACUAAAGCACAUAUAUUAACGGAUUCCAUUCGGUGAGUGAUUGAGGGGGAUGGAGCAACGUCAGUAGCCAAUGGGACUAUUCAUGAAGUUUGGUGAGUAAGUCCUGAUAUGGUGUAAAGUUCAGUGGCCAUUGAAUUAUUUAACUUUCCUCCGUUCAUCCCCCUCCCUUCACCUCGCCGCUCCCUCUCAUGUGCGUCUGCACAGCACAAACCAUAUUGAGACUAUAUGGAUCCUCAUCGAACUUCUUGUUACAUCGAUUUUCGCUUAAAACUUUGCCAAAAUUCAUAUACAAGUGGGGUCAAGGCUUUGAAGCUCCCAUUUUGAAGUUUGCUGCUUUUAGCAGCAUUGCUGCCUCUAGAGUUUUUGAUGCAAUUCCAGCUGCAGAGAAUUUACAAAAGAUAUUAGCAAUAAGUUCUGGAACUAAGAAAACUUGUAUUUUCCAGUCCAACAGUCUGCGAGAAAUUUCCCUAAGUUCUGGGACUGACCACUUAAAGAUUAUCGAUGAAUGUCUCCAAUUGGUAUCAUUACAAGAUGCCAAGAAGUUUAAGGCAAAAAUUUUGAAACUUGGAUUACAGGAGGAUAACAGAAUUUUUAAUGAAUUGGUCGAAGUUUAUACAGAUGCUGGAAAAAUAGAUCCGGGAUUACAAAUUUUGGAUGAUUUUGCAGCCAGCAGCAAUUUAUCUUCCUGGAAUCAAUUGAUAUUUUUAUUUAUUAGGAAAAAAAUGUAUAAUCAAGUAUUUAGUCUAUUUUCAUGGAUGUUUAGCAAAGGUGUUACCCCAGAUGAGAGCGCUGUUGCUACUGUCUUUCAGGUGUGCUCCGGUGGUAGAGAUGGUUUUCACUUUGUGCGGCAAAUUCAUGCUAAAUUUAUCCAUCUUGGCUUGAGCAAAAGCCCACUUAUCUGUAAUCCUCUGAUUGAUUUGUAUUCAAAGAAUGGAUUUGUAGAUUAUGCCAUGCAAAUUUUUGAAAAAAUGCACACGAGGGAUAGUGUUUCUUGGGUUGCCAUUAUAUCGGGCUUCUCUCGUAAUUCUCGCGAAUUAGAAGGUAUUCUUCUUUAUAGUGAGAUGCGUAAAUCAGGAGUAUUCCCUACUCCAUACGUCUUUUCAAGCAUUAUAAGUGCCUGCACCAAAAUAGAGUUGUUUGGACUUGGAGAACAACUACAUUGUCUAAUAAUCAAGUGGGGAUUUUCGUCCGAACUUUUUGUGUGCAAUGCUCUUCUCACACUUUAUUCUCGAUAUGGGAAUUUGACAUCGGCUGAGCUGAUUUUCAGUGAAAUGCAGUGCAAGGAUAAAGUCUCUUACAACACAUUAAUUUCUGGACUUGCAAUGCAAGGAUCAAGUCAUAAAUCUCUUCAUUUGUUUGAGAAAAUGCAGAGUGAGUGCUUGAAGCCUGAUAGUGUCACAGUUGCAAGCCUCUUGAGUGCUUGUACAUCAUUCGGGGCUCUUCAUAAGGGAACACAGCUGCACUCCUAUGCAAUCAAGGCAGGAAUGUGUUCUGAUAUAAUUAUUGAGGGCUCUCUACUUGAUCUUUAUGUAAAAUGUUCUGAUGUUAAGACAUCACGUGAAUUUUUCCUUUCAACACAGAUGGAUAAUGUGGUCUUAUGGAAUGUGAUGCUAGUGGCCUAUGGGCAGAUGGGUGAUCUCCAUGAGUCUUUCCAUGUUUUCUCCCAGAUGCUGAUUAGGGGGCUAGAGCCUAAUCAGUAUACAUAUCCGAGUAUCCUAAGGACCUGUACUUCCGUUGGAGCACUGUAUCUAGGAGAACAAUUACAUAAUCAAGUCAUAAAAACUGGUUUUCAUUCAAAUGUGUAUGUUGGUAGUGUGCUUAUAGACAUGUAUGCCAAACAUGGAAAAUUGGACAGUGCCAUGAAAAUUUUCAGACGUCUUGAUGAGGAAGAUGUUGUCUCUUGGACAGCCAUGUUAUCUGGAUAUGCUCAACAUGACUUGUUUAUGGAAGCUCUUAAAAUGUUUCAAGAGAUGCAAGACCACAGAAUUCGAUCAGAUAAUAUAGGAUUGGCAAGUGCAAUCAGUGCAUGUGCUGGAAUUCAAGCUUUUAAUCAAGGUCGACAAAUUCAUGCUCAAUCAAUUGUCUCUGGAUACUCUCUUGAUCUUUCAGUUGGCAAUGCACUUGUCACUUUUUAUUCUAAAUGUGGUAAUAUGCAGUACACGUACUCGGCAUUUGACAAAAUUUAUGCUAAAGAUGACAUUUCAUGGAAUGGAUUGAUAUCUGGUCUUGCCCAGAGCGGACAGUAUGAGGAAGCACUGAAGGUGUUUUGUAGAAUGAUUCAAGGUGGCAAAGAAGCUAAUGUGUACACCUAUGGGUCUGUUAUUAGUGCAUCUGCUAAUACAACAAAUAUAAAACAAGGUAAACAAAUUCAUGCCAGAAUAAUAAACACAGGGUAUGACACUGAGAUAGAAGUCAGCAAUGCAUUGAUCACCUUGUAUGCAAAAUGUGGAAGCCUUGACAAUGCUUGGAGGGUGUUCUUUGAAAUGCCUCUAAAAAAUGAGGUUUCCUGGAAUGCUAUGAUAACAGGCUACUCUCAACAUGGAUAUGGCAGUAAAGCUAUAGAACUCUUUGAGGACAUGAAAAAGAUGAGAGUGAUGCCAACCCAUAUAACCUAUGUAGGGGUUUUGACAGCCUGUAGCCAUGUGGGAUUGGUGGAGGAGGGGUUUACCUACUUCAAGUCUAUGAAAGAAGAGCAUGGCUUAGUACCAAAACCAGAACAUUAUGCUUGUGUUGUUGAUAUUCUUGGACGGGCUGGUCAAGUGCGUCGUGCAAGAGAAUUUGUGGAUUCUAUGCCAACUGACCCAGAUGCAAUGGUCUGGAGGACCCUCUUAAGUGCUUGCACAGUUCACAAGAACAUGGAAAUAGGGGAAUUCGCAGCCAAAAAUCUUUUAAAACUAGAACCUAAAGACUCGGCUACAUAUGUUCUUUUGUCAAACAUGUAUGCUAAUGCUGGUAAAUGGGGUGGUCGGGAUUGUACAAGGCAGCUCAUGAAAUAUAGAGGAGUGAAGAAAGAGCCUGGUCGUAGCUGGAUUGAAGUAAAGAAUUCAAUUCAUGCAUUUUUUGUUGGCGAUCAUCUUCAUCCUCUAGCAGAUCAGAUAUACGAGUUUUUAGAGGAUCUGACCAAGCAGGCAGUGGCGAUCGGUUAUGUACAAGACUCUUCUAGCCUUUGGAAUGACUUAGAGCUAGGGCAGAAGGACCCAACUGCGCAUGUUCACAGUGAGAAGUUAGCUAUAGCAUUUGGACUUCUGACCUUGCCCAACAUAAUUCCUUUGCGAGUGAUGAAGAAUCUGCGUGUCUGUAAGGAUUGCCACAAUUGGAUUAAGUUUGUAUCUAAAAUUUUUACUCGAACUAUUGUUGUAAGGGAUGCAUACCGCUUCCAUCAUUUCAAAGAUGGUGACUGUUCCUGCAGAGAUUACUGGUAACUUGAGCACAGAGAAGGAAGAUAAGGUUGCUUUUUACUCACUGGGAACUGUUUCAACUCGACUAUUUGCACUUCAAAAAUUUUGAACAGUUAGUAGAGGGCGCUCACGUUUCCAGCACCACCUGCAAUUAGGCCCCGAGUUCCCGACGGUGUCGUGUAGUCACCUCUUAGUUCAGUGCAAUUGGUAUCUCCGUAGUCACCGUCGCAGUUUUUCGCUUUCGGCGCCAUCUGAAGGUUCGCCAUCACCCGUGCUUGGGUCCCAAAUUUCCGCCGUCUAGCCUUGGGUUUUGGUUGGAGAAGUCUUCUCUCGUCGCCUGGAGUUCCUUCUUAGCCGUCGCUGGGAGUUACAUCUUUUCAUCGUGAAUUUCUCCUUCGUGUGUCUGAGCUUAGUUGAAGCCAGUACUUCAUUUCGUAAAUCCACAACAUAAGAUAGUCCUAUAGUUUGAAACUGUGGCAUGGUUCUGUAACCUUCAAAGAUUAGAAACGCCAUAUCCUGAAUUAGAAACCGUUUCUUGUAAAUUUUCCAAAUUUCAAUAGUUGUGCUGUCAACUGUACAUUCUUUGUCAAAAAGGUUCCGUGCUACCAACUGUACCUUCUUCAUCAAUCAAACGUUGGGACUUUCUACCAUGAUCAACACUGAGAUAUAGGAACUGCUUUAUGACAAGGAACACAUGCUCAAGAUCAAAAUUGUUCGUGAUCAUUGCAGGCUGAAGGGACCAACUGAAGCUCAAAUCUUGAAGUAUUCUCGCUGCACACAAGUCAAACCUACAUUUGCAUUUCCUUGGCAUUGUGAUCUAUCAGAUAAUAUUUUCACUCCUUUAUUUUCCAAUAAAUUUUCUUCCUUGUUCAGUGGGUACUAUAAAUAUUUUGGUACAGAUCACAAAUAUGAAUUGUCAAAUGUUUGCAAGCUUAGAACGAAUAAUAUUGUCCCCAUUAAUUUCUUCCCUGGAAAAAAAAAAAAUUGGCUACCAAAAAAUUUUCAUUUGGAUCUUAUUGGAAUAUAUCAUUAUGAAAUUUUACUAAUUAUUAUGUUAGAUAAAAACUUACGAAACUUUCACAAUAAUUUAGCUUUCCAUAAAUAUUUGAUACACUAACAUUACCUUAAAAAUACCACAUGCACAGGCAUACGAGUCGACUAUUUUGUGUGUGUGUGUGUAUAAAGAGAGGAUAAGGGAUUUUGAUAGACCCAAUCUGGUCCACAUAUAUAAACAUAGUUGCAGCCACAUCAUUCCUUAUUCUAGAAGGUUCAAUAGUUUGUUAGAGGGUCAAAAGUGUAAUAAAUCAAGUAGUUACGGUUAAGGGAUUGCUUAUAAAUGUGAUGGAGAGGAGGAUUAGAGGGCAUCCAGAAAAGUUAGUGAGUUGUGAGGAGAGCCAGGCCUCUCGAAGAGCUUGGGAGUAUCUUGUAUUUCAUUCAGUGUCAUUUCCUCAAUUCUAGUGUCUUUCUUUUUCCAUUCAAUAAACAAUUUAAAUUCCAUUACAUAUAAUCUCUGUUAUCUUCUAGUUAUCUCCAGUUGAAGUAAUCUAUGUUAAUACAGAUUGGUUAACAGCUUUGUAGUGUAGUCAGUCAAGCAAUAGCAUCAGUAUUCAUUCCUAGGAAAUCUCAGCAAUCGCAGGGUCCUAUCAGAUUUGCUAUUCAUUUGUGCAUCCUCCUUUUCACACCUAUCGGGCUAUCUAGUGUUCAUUAACUGGUUUGUCCUUCAAAAAAAAUGUAGCCUUUGAGUUUUGGGUACUCAUUUCCUCUUUCUCUUAACCCUAAUUGCCGUUUUUCUCUUUCGAUUGUUGAUUGAAAUCCUAAACAAUCUAAGGUAACUGAGACAUAUACCUGUGAGUGUAAUUUUCACUACUUCAAUUUCUUCCUCUUCUUUAAAUUUCCUACGGUUUCUUUAAUUAUAUAUAGCUCAAUUUGGUUUUCUAUUUUAUUUUAUUUAUUUUUGAUCUUUUUAGAAAUCGAAUGCAAAAUACCUAAAGUUUGUUCUUGUUGUGUAUGUGGCUCAUGUAGAGUGGAACACAGGUUCUGGAUCAAAUGGGAUUGAUGCCGGCGCAGAGUGGAGUGACGAUGUAGUGUUGAAUAUGGGAUUUUUCCCCUUUUUCGUUUGAUCUUUUGGGAGAUCAAACCCAAAAUACCUAUUACGCAACGAGAGUGGAGAAGAUUGAGGCUGACCCAAGUAGAGAUCUGAUUGAUUUCCAGGAAGCUGUUUUUUAAUUGCAUUCUGGCUAGCUGUUGAAGCAAAAGAAAAAUUGCUUUGACAUCAUAAGCUGGAAAAUAUAUUUGACCAAUGGAAGUUAACUGUAAGCUAAGAAGGUUGCAUGCGUGUCAUAGCAUUUGAGGGGGUGUAUUUAGUUGGUUGUCAAUCCGACAUUGAA